CCCUGAAGACACAUGCGUGCCAGAGUCUGCUGCCACUCUUCUUCCACUGCCAUGAUGAGGAUGGGCGUGUGGCACAGGCUUCUCAGGAAACGCUGCUUUGUGUGGCCCAGUUCCUGAAGAGGAGGGAUCUGGAAAAAGUGGUGAAGAACAAGAAGCUGUGGAAGUUCACCGAGUGCCUGCUGGCAGACGACAGCAGCAGAGCGGCCGAGCACCUGCGCCAGGCCAUGCCCUACCUGGAGAGCCCUGAGGAGCCCCUGCGAGAGGCGGCCAUCAGGUUCCUGGGUGAGCCGCGAGCCCGGGCUCCCUCCCCGCCCCGCCGCAGCUCGGCCCCAGCCCCGCCUGCUGCCCCGGCAGCGCCAUCCGGGCCCGGCGGGGUGGAGCCCCGGCUGGCCUGGGCGCUGCUGCCGCCCUCUCGCAGCCGUGCCCUUGGGCGGCAGCGUGCGGCAAGGGCCCGGCUGAGCCCUGCCGGGCCAGGAGGCCGUGUGGCCACAGGGCUGGCAGCGCCGCUGGCAGGGAGCUGUGCCGCUGGGCCGUGACGGGCUCUGUGUUGGCAGGGAUGGCCGGGCGGCAGCUGAGGGGGAAGAAGGAAGAGCUCCAGCUCAUCUGUGAGG